GACUUGGCGCUAGGCCCACGUUGAGCUGCUUUGUGAACGGUCACUCUAUUUCAACAAUAAUAUUUCCUAAUCAAUAUACCUGAUAUCAACAACUGAUGCACAAAACACACCGUCUCACCACCGACAGCCAGUACAUGGAGGUCGAAGGCUUGCUGCAGGCCAUGGACAUGCCCACCAGCCACGAUCCGGAGGCGGAACUGGAGCCGGAGUCCACGUCGCUGUGCCGCCUGAGCCGCUACAACGUGACCAACCUGUACGACGGCCCGACGGGUGGGGGGUCUUCUCUGACCUCGGGCCGACAGCGCUGCUACACAAUGCCGCAUGUGCCACCUCCAGCGCCGCCCUCCACGCCCACUCUGCUGACCAACGGGGGCGGCGGCAGCAGCACCUCCGUAUCCGUCUCCAUUUCGCCCACCUGCUCCACGGGAAGCCAUCCUUUAGAUGGCCAGAGCCUGAGCCAGAGCCCCUUAAACCACUUCAUUUACGUGAAGAACGGCAAGAACCUGCGUCGCGAAUCGCGCUGCGUUGACUCGGAGUUGUCCAAGUUGUUCAACGUGGUGUCGAUCACGAACCGACUGACGGCCAUCAAGAACCGCAGUAGUUCCAUUUCAAAUCCCAGUGGAAUCCUCAAUGCCUCGCGCACCAUAUCGAAGUUGAAUGGGGCGACGGCCACCAAGAUCUUUAAGAUCCAUCGUGAUCCCAAGGAGUUUCUGCGCGAGACGGACGAGGAUUCGGUGUCGGCGCCAGAGUACGACGAGGAGGAGGAGGACACGCGAUUCCGGUUCUUCCGGCGAGCGCGCUACUCGCGAAGGUACAGCACUUCGCGGUCCAGUAGGAAAUUCGCGCGGAAGUUCGCCCGAUUUGAGCACCAUGAGCGCAUGGAGACCAUAGUGGAUAGCUUCGAUGCGGCCAUGAGCUUCAACGAUGCAGACACCUGAGAGGCAGAGGCCACGACGACGACAAAGACGACGACGGCAACAGUUGAGGAUGAGGCAUGGCAGAUGGUCGGCCAACCAAUGUGAUGAAUGUGAAUUUCAACUAAAUUAUUUUAAUUGCUACAAACUA